AUGGCGCGGCCACCACUGGGGCUCCCACCGCGCGGCUCCCGUGCCGCCCCGGCACCCCGGCUCCUCCACACUUUUGUACUCCCCGAAACCUUCUCCCCACCAGAGCGGAGCUCACCACCGGCCAUCGCUCCUGUCUCUCUUUCAGGCUCAGCCAACCUGUGCCCACUGCCCGCGCAGGAGCAGCCCUUCCCCGCAGCCUGGGCACCCCCACCGGCGGUGGCAACCCACGCCCCACAGGCACCACCAGCAGGGCUGCAGAGGCCUCCACGGGGCUGCUUCUUCGACCCGCGGGCGUUCCACAUGCAGCGCACAACCACCAGCCUGCUUCCACGGGCCACCGCCACGCUCGCCCACGGUGCCGCUUCUCUGCCGGGUGCUGGCCUCUGGGGCCCCGGGGGCUGCGCGACCUGCCUGGCCUGGGCAGCCCCACGCACCCCCCACGGCCAACCCCAACACCACGCCCCCUACCAAGAGCAGAGGAGAGCGGUGGCCCCAGCCUCCCCGGUGCAGCCGCCGUCCAGCUCUGGCCUCCAGCACGCUGAAGGCACGGCUGCACCCUCGGCAUGCAACAUGCCACCAGGCACCAACGUCCCCACCAGCCCCUCGACUGCCACCCACAACCAAGGUCUUGGGGACCCAGCUGCUGGCCUUGGAGUCUCUGACAAGGAGCUUCUUGAAGAGGCCCUAAGGCUCCUUGGUUGCUCCCUGGAUGCGGAGGGGCUCAGCCAGGGAGGGCCCAGCAGCGGCCCCAUGCCUGGGGACCCCGGUGGCACCUGCGCAGAGGCUGGAGCGGUGGCCACAGCCUCCCCGAUCUCGCCGACGGCCAUCCCCGCCUAUGAGCACGCCGAGGGGCAGCCAGCACACACCAACAUCGCUGUCAGCGGCACCCCCGCGGGGGCACACCCGGGCACCAACAUCCCCCUGGGCACCCACGUCCACACCAGCCCCUCUGCUGCUCCCCACAACCAGCCUCUGGGAGACCCGGCCGCUGACCUUGCGCUGCCCGAUGAGGUGCCUCUCCACGAGGCCCUCAGGUUCUUUGGCUGCUCCAUGGACGAGUCGGGGAUCAGCCAGGGAGGUCCCAGCAGCGGCCCCACGCCCGGGGACCCGGGUGCCACCAGCGCAGGCAUCCCCCCCUGCGACCUCGCCUCACUCGCUCUGCCCGAGGAGCUGCUCAGCCCUGACUACAGCGUCCCCGAGACCGCCGACGCCACCCUGAGCCUGGAAGAGUUUGUCCAGAGCAUCGGGCUGGAGCUGCAGGAGCCGUGGGGGGAUGCGGGGAGGGAGCUGCCAGGGCCCCAGCCUGCCAUGGCAGGGGCACGGGGCAAGAAGCGGGGGAAGAGCCCCUUGCCAAAGGCCGCCAGCAAGCGCAGGGCUCUGGCAGGCAGCACGCGGGUGGCAGGGCGGGAUUAG